AUGCCCCGCCUGCCCGUAGCUAUCGCUCUCCAACCCCCACUCCCACCACUCCCGACCGCCCCAUACCCAGCUCCUUCCCCCCUCGACACCCACAUCUCCACCACCCUCUCCUCGACAGACUAUGACACCGCCUGUGUCCCGCUCACCAACCCGCGCUGGCAAGAGCGGUGGGAACGCCUCUGUCUCCGUCCAGUCGAAGAAGAGCUCGACCCGACGUCGCAGGCGGCCAUGACGCGGGAUCUGGAGCGAGAGGUCGUGGACCGAGAGGCGGACGUCUGGCGCAAAGAGGGAGGACUGAGGCGGAACGAGCUGAAUGUGUCGAGGUUGGAAGAGACGAGGGGACUCAUUGCUGUUGCUGCGGAGUGGUUGGAGAUGGACUCGAGCGACGAGGGGAUCAGGUUUGAUUCUGAGCUGGCACUCCGAGCGGAACUCUCACAAGCAAUCUAUCUUGGCGUCCCUACCCUCAUCUUACCUGCUCCUCAGCUCGCCAACAGGGCCUACCUCGCUUCGUACGCUCGAGCCAUCUCCAACCUUCUCCAUCUCGGCGGCGCAUCUGCAUUCACCGAGCUGUCCGUCCGUAUCCCCAUCUCGGACCCCACGGAACUCAUCAACCAAGGUCCCGGAUCUCCCUUCGGUCCUCCCACAUCCGGCCCAUCUACCUCCGCGACCCUUCCAAACGGCAUGUCCGUCCCGCAGUCCACCUCGGCUGGAGCUUCGUCCAAGCAUCACAAGCGGAUAUCGUCCCUCUCGACUCGGCCGGCCAGCAUGCACCAGAACUCGACUACACUCGCCCCGAACGGAAUGCGAAACGCUAGCGGUGCGAGCGCAGUAUCGGCAGCUAGCAGCACGAUGAGUGCGCGGAGUGGAGCGGCGCCGGCGCCGGCAAGUGGAGAUCCAUGCUCGACUUGGGAGAUGUGGGACACUAUUCGGUCAAUGUGCGGAUACCACUCUCGGUUGACAGUCACUCUCGAUCUUACGAAUCCCCUCCCUCCAUCUGUUGGCGCGCUAUCAAGAUGGACCGCCGAGCCCGUCAAGCACAUCUGGCUCCCCGCAUCCUCUUUCAUCUCCAACGGCAAGGGCUAUCCCGUCCUCAGUAAGGCCUGUCAAGCUUUCCUGAAGGGUAUGACCAAACAAUCCCCCACCUACAUCCUCGCCGGUACCCAAACCAACCGCCACUCGGCCGGCGGCCCCUCCGCCUAUCUCCAAUACGUCCGCCACAUCACCUCCCAGGCCCAAUCAGGGAUGAUCAACCCCGUCAACGGCCAAAAGUCGGACGAGCCAGCAUAUACCGCCGGCUAUGCGGACUUCUUGCAAGCGCCGCUACAGCCCUUGUUUGAUGACCUGGGGAGCGCGACGUAUGAUGUGUUCGAGAGGGAUCCGGUCAAGUACCGGCAGUAUGAAGAGGCGACAUAUCUGGCAUUGCUGGACCUGCCUGCUGGAGGAAGAUAUGUCAUCACCGUCGUUGGAGCUGGAAGGGGACCGCUUGUCGCUUGUGCUCUGCGGGCGCUGAAGCGCGCAAAUCGACAAGCGAUGGUAUAUGCGGUAGAAAAGAAUGCUGCGGCUUAUACGACAUUACAGGAACGGAAAGAGCUGGAAUGGUUCGAUACGGUCCAAAUCCUCUAUGGCGAUAUGCGAACGGUCGACGUGCCUGAGGAGGCGGACAUCCUCGUCUCUGAGCUGUUGGGCAGUUUCGGAGACAACGAGCUGAGUCCGGAAUGCCUCGACGGGGCUAUGCGGUUCAUGAAGCCAUCCGGUAUCUCGAUACCUAUAUCAUAUACCGCACACCUCGCACCUAUCUCUUCUGCCAAGCUGCACGCCGAAGCAACCUCGAAAGCUCGGCCAGCGUCAGCGCCCGAGACGCCAUACGUGGUCAUGAUGAGCCAGGUCAACGUCCUUUCUGCAGAUGGAGGUGGAGCUAGUGGGCGAUGUGGGGAGAGAGUACAGCAAUGCUGGCAGUUUGAGCAUCCACGGCGGGAUCUUAUCUUGGAUUCGAGCGGCGCACCACUCACCAACUCGCACAACACUCGUUCCGCCACUUUGACCUUCUCCAUCCCCCACGCUGGGCCCUGCCACGGUUUUGCAGGCUACUUUGAAGCACACCUGUACGGCAAUAUCGGGCUGUCCACGCAUCCCGAUAACGCCCACCGCGUCUCGCCCGACAUGUACUCGUGGUUCCCUCUCUUCUUCCCCCUCCGCGCACCACUCUACCUCCCCUCUGGCUCGGAGGUCGAGGUGCACGUAUGGCGACUGAGCGAGGGGCGGGGCAGGAGGGUAUGGUAUGAGUGGGCAGCGGAGGCUUAUCUGCCUGGCGCUGGCGGGUCCGUGGGCGUGGGUAUGGGCGGAGGGAGUGGGGUGGGACCAGGAGGCGGAUUGAGUCCGGGAUUGGGAUUAGGGGGUCCGCUCGGCACGCCGACGGGGAGUCUGAAUGGCCGACCACCGCUUAGCCCGAUGAUGGACGCGACGUUCUCGCCCGUUAGGAAUACGUUCCUCGGUGCGGGUGGGGCAGGGUUCGGGGAGCAGGGUACCGGGCAGGGGAGGGUCAAGAUUGGGCAGACGGGGCUGCAUAAUGCCGCAGGGGUGCAUAGCUGGGUUGGAAUGUAG